AUGAAGGAAAUUAACAUAAAUAUUGAAGGUUAUAACGUAAAUGGCAUUUGCGUGGGCUGCCUAAACUACAAUAGGAAGAUGUUUUACAAAAACUCUGUCAUAGAUGUUUUCAAAACUAUCGCAGAAAUCGAUGUCCCAGAUGGUUUAGCAAUACAAGUGUGUUGGGAAUGUCUCGCAACUGUAAACAAAAUUGUGAAAUUCAAGCAACAAAUACUCAAAUCAUAUGAUAUUCUUGCUGCAUAUUCUAACAUUUAUCCAUUCCUGAACAAUCCGAGUGACCUGUCUCAACAUGCAUCUAAUAUAUUGGGAACGCAAACAAAUGCAUCCCCAACAAUAGAUGUAGAAGAAAAGGUAGAAGAACAAGAGAUUAAAGAAGAUUCAAUCAAAAUUGAAUUAAGACCAGAGAAUCUAGAUGUCAAAGAUGAACCAAUAGACACAGCUAUGGAUGGUUUAUCUUCAGAUGAUGAUAUGCUUCUGGCUGACUUGAAGCGGGAAGAAAGUGAAGACAAAGAAAGGAAGAAAGUCAAAAGAAAAAGGAAGAAACUAGUUGAAACAGGAGACUCACCAAAGCGAAACCGCCUAAAGAAUCUACCGAAAGGCAUAGUAGAUGUGUACGUGAUGAACGAAGAGGAGAUGUGGGCCACACGAGAACGAGACGUGCAGAGCGAAGAGUUUAGCAAGAUGAAAUACAAGUGUACGGAUUGUGUGCGAAGCUUCAUAUCCCAGAAGGCGAUGGGGUUCCAUUUUAUAGGAAAACACACGCCAAAGGAGAAACAUUCGAUACCUUGCGACGUGUGCAAUGCGUAUUUCUUGCAUCAGGAGAGCUUAUCGUUGCACAGGAGCUUGCAUUACAACGCUUUUAUAUGUCGCGUCUGCGGCUUGGUAACUACCCUCAAAAGUUUGAUCGCGAAACACGAGUGCGCCAAAGCUGCCAAGAUACACGUCUGUUCCUUAUGCAAUAAAAGUUUUAGUUCAAAAUCCAAGCUGAUCUACCACAGGAGUGUAUGCAAUGAAGAAAAACCGCAGUGCGAUUGUUGUGGAAAGGUUUUCGCGAACAAAAUCACAUUAAAAUCACACAUUAACUAUAUGACGGGCGUCCUGCCUAAGAAGAAGAAGAAACCCACCAACGUGUUCAUACCGUGUAAGGGCUGCGACAAGGUCUUCCAGUCUUUGAAGAGUUAUAGGGCUCAUGUUGUUGUCCACGAUGGCGUGAACUACCCCUGUCCAAUCUGCGGGAAACUGUUUCGUUGGAAGCGGAAUCUUGCCCGGCACACGCGCAACCACAAAGACAAGGAGUCCGGUAACGCGCCGCAGUGCAAGGACUGCGGGAAGACGUUCUCGAGUCGCGACUGCUACAAUAAUCACAUGAAGCUGAGCAAGAGGCACGUGCACGAGAGUGCGCUGGUUCACGCCUGCCAAUACUGCAACAAGCGCUUCGCGACGAAGUGGUGCAUGGUGGAUCACAUAGACUGGGACCAUCUCAAACGCAUCAAGUAUAGGUGUCGCGUGUGUUAUAAGCCCUUCAAAACAUCCAAAAUAAUGGUUGCGCACAUGAACAAUAUACACGAAGGCAGAAAUAAACAACAGGAGUUAGAGGGAGAGCAUCUCUGCGAAGUCUGCGGCAAGUCUUAUAAGACGGUGAAACGGCUAAAAGGCCACGUGUGGGCGAUGCACACGAAGCGUUCGGACACGAAGAGUUUCAAGUGCGCCCUCUGCCCGGCCACCUUCAGCUGGCAGACCUCCAUCUACAAGCACAUGCGCAUGAUGCACGGGGACAAGCGGGCGAAGCAACCUCGUGCUCCUCCACCUAUGAAGCAAGAGAGCUUUCCGGACGUCGAACUGGCGACCCGCAUGCAGUACUUCCCACAGAGUAUAGGCGGAUUACCACCCAUACAACCCAUCAAUAUCGUACAAAAUAUCGUUUAA